CUCUGCCGUUAUUUCAGGUAUAUGUAUACAUAGAGGAUUGAACUACUAAACAAAAGCAACUGAAAAGAGCAGAGGGUUUUGCAAAAGCUCUGAGGUUAGAGAGGGAGAGAGAAGAUAACUUGAAAAUGCCGAUUUACAGAAUCGCGGUGGGGACGCCGGGUGAGGCGAGUCACCCAGACGCCCUCAAGGCGGCGCUUGCAGAGUUUUUUUCAAUGGUCAUCUUUGUUUUUGCCGGAGAAGGCUCUGGCAUGGCUUUCGACAAGCUAACCAACAGUGGCUCAACAACUCCUUCGGGUCUUAUAGCGGCGGCAUUAGCCCAUGCGUUCGCCCUUUUUGUGGCGGUUUCCGUUGGCGCAAACAUUUCCGGUGGACACGUCAAUCCUGCCGUGACAUUUGGGGCUUUCCUUGGAGGAAACAUUACACUGUUAAGAGGAAUUUUGUAUUGGAUUGCACAGUUGCUAGGUUCGGUGGUUGCUUGCUUGCUUCUUAAGUUCGCCACCGGAGGACUGGAAACAUCAGCAUUUGCCCUGUCAUCCGGUGUAUCACCAUGGAACGCGUUUGUGUUCGAGAUUGUGAUGACAUUUGGCCUAGUUUACACAGUGUACGCCACUGCAGUGGAUCCAAGAAAGGGAAACAUAGGCAUUGUUGCACCUCUAGCAAUUGGUUUCAUUGUGGGUGCUAACAUUUUAGUUGGUGGUGCCUUUGAUGGUGCAUCCAUGAACCCUGCAGUCUCCUUUGGCCCUGCCGUGGUAAGUUGGACAUGGACACACCAUUGGGUGUACUGGCUCGGGCCACUGAUCGGGGCCGCCAUCGCUGCGCUCGUCUACGACAACAUUUUCAUCAGCGAGAACGCACACGAGCAACUGCCGACGGCAGAUUAUUAGAGGAUGUUUGUUCUUGUUUAUUAUGGUUCAAUAUUUCUCAUGGUCUCUCAAUAUUCAGAGGGAAAUAAAGAUGAUGAAGAAGAAGAAUUGUUCUUGAGAUGGGAUCCGGAUAGAUGUUGGGAUUUUUUUUUUUCGGUUGUAUUUUUGUUAUAUUGUGGUCUGUGGUGAAAUUUUAUUUAAUUUGCUAGAUGGGGGCAAUAGUUUAAGUUUAUGGAUUUCCCCAGUUGUUGAAGUAAUAGAUAUGUACUCUAAAAAAAAA